GAGACAGGAAGAGAGAGGUCAGUUGCGUUUGGUUUUCCGAAGCAGGCAGCACUGGGGGUGUGGUGUUUGAGUCUGUGAGUGUGUGUGCGCUUGUCUGUGUGCAUUGUUUUCUUUCCUCCCUCUUGCGGCGAGGCCAGGCCCCCACUGGAUAAUAAAAGGGCUCUAAGGCCUGAGGCAGAGCAAGGCCAGCGCAUGGACAGGGCCGGAUGGGCAAGAGAGGAAAAAGGAAGGGAAAGGGGGAAGAAUAGAGGUGAAAAGGUGUCUAGAGAUGAGAGCAGGAGGCAAUGGGAGGAGGCUGAGCAGCUGUGGUAUCUGGAACAAGUAUAAAUAGCCGCCUAGCGGUGAGCUUGGCCAAACAGUUCUUUGCAGCUGCAGCAGCUCUGCUGGCAGGCCUGUCCACUGUUGGCCACAGUAGUUACAUCCUGGGCACGGAGCGGGGUGGUGGGCAGACAAAGCUCCUGCGGGCGCUGACCAGACACCCUCCAACAUCGCUACAUCUCUGGAUGCUCUUCUGGACAGCCAUGCUGCUGGGUGGACUCCUCAUCACUGUGGCCACAGCGACUGUGGCACAGCAGAGAGGGCAGGAGGCGGGCGGGCGCCGCCGGGCACACCGAGUCCAGCAUGGCCAGUGCAGCUACACCUUUGUGCUACCCGAGCCUGAGUCCUGCCCGCCAGAGCCUGAGACUUUCAGGGGCUCCAACAGCCUGCAGAGGGACUCACCGGCCACUGCACUGAACCUGGGGGACUGGCCCACCCAGCGGGUACAGCAGCUGGAGAAGGUGCUGGAGAACAACACCCAGUGGCUGCAGAAGCUAGAAAGGUACAUCCAGAUGAACUUGAGGUCGGAGCUGGCACAGGUACAGCAGCACAUGGUCCAGAACCAGACGGCCACCAUGCUGGAGCUAGGCACCAGCCUCUUGAACCAGACCACCACCCAGACCCGCAAGCUGACCGAUUUGGAGGCUCAGGUCCUGAACCAGACGUCGCGAAUGGAGAUCCAGCUGCUGGAGACCUCUCUGUCUACCAACAAGCUGGAGAAGCAGCUGCUACUGCAGGGCCAUGAGCUCCACCAGCUGCAGGGCCACAACAGCGCGCUGGAGACGAGGGUGCAAGCCUUGGAGACUCAGCAGCAGGCAGAGCGAGCCAGCCUCCGCGGCGAGAAGGAGCGGCUGAGGCGCCUCCUGGGCCGCCAGAGCGGCGCCCUCGCCGGCCUCGAGCGAAGCCUGCGCGCAGCCAGAAGCAACUCCAGUCUCCUGCAGCGCCAGCAGCGCCAGCUGCUGGAGUCUGUGCAGCGUCUGGUGCGAAUCGUGGCCCAGGGCCUAGCCUCCAUGAGGUCAUCUGAGCAGGUGUUCCAGGACUGUGCAGAGAUCCAGCGCUUUGGGGCCAAUACCAGUGGCGUCUACACCAUCCAUGUGGCCAAUAUGACAGAGCCCAGGAAGGUUUUCUGUGACAUGGAGGCCAAUGGAGGCGGGUGGACCCUCAUCCAGCGCCGUGAGAAUGGCAGCGUAAAUUUCCAGCGAAACUGGAAGGAUUAUAAAGAGGGCUUCGGUGACCCAGCUGGGGAGCACUGGCUGGGCAACGAGGUGGUACAUCAGCUGACCAGCAGGGCGGCCUACUCUCUGCGUGUGGAGCUGCAAGACUGGGAAGGCAAUGAGGCCUACGCCCAGUAUGAGCAUUUCCAGCUGGGCAGCGAGGGGCAGCUGUAUAGGCUUUCUCUGAGUGGGUACAGCGGGUCGGCGGGGCACCAGAGCAGCCUGGUCCUCCAGGGCACCAACUUCAGCACCCGCGAUGCAGACAACGACAACUGCCUCUGCAAAUGUGCCCAGAUGCUGUCCGCAGGGUGGUGGUUUGACGCCUGCGGCCUCUCAAACCUCAAUGGCAUCUACUACCCAGCUCGCCACCACGUGCGCAAGCUCAAUGGCAUCCGCUGGCACUACUUCCAGGGCCCCGGCUACUCGCUGCGUGCCACUCGCAUGAUGAUGCGUCCCGUGGGCAUCUAACGGCAGCCACGCCUGGAGCCUGGACCCGCAGGAGGAAACAGGACUUGGUAUUCCCUGGACAAACUGGACCCAAACGAAGGACACAGUGCCAGGGCCUGGUCCUGGACACGGACACCUGAGUCUCCUGAGCUAGCCCUCCUUGGCCCAAGAAUUCCAAAGAGUCAGCUGCCUUCCUGUUCUCCUCAAGUUGUGAAAUGGUGGGUGGGCUUUUGAGAGUUCCUGCCUCUGUAGUAUUCCUCUUUCCUCUUUCUUCCAGUCUCCUGCUGCCCCCCUCCCCCCAUCCCCGCCAACUUGAGGGUUACAACACCCUGAAUGAGCUGAGAACAGACUGAACUUGGCUCCUCAAAGGAAUACCUGGCUAAUGGUGGAAUUUCAGGCAUGUGGGAAGGUAUUUUCAGGCAGGAAACUGCUCAGAUGGAGACCCAGAUUCUGCCCCCAGGGUUGGUGGGAAGAUCAUCUCCUGUUCCAAGCUUUCUCAGCUUUUAGAUGUCCUUGAGCUUCUUGUUCAAGGCUGAAGGGGCUACAUCCACCCAAAAAUAGGAAUCACUAUUUCCAUCCCACACUGUCCACUGCUCCUAGGCCUCAGCUUCUGCAGCUCAGACAUGGUCUCUUCAGGAGAUCUAAGAGAGAUUUCUUGUCCACCAGCAGGUCCCAGAAUGUGUUCCACAAAAAGUAACUCGGACUCCCCUCUCAAAGUACCUAUGGUCAAUUGAGAGAAGGAAGCACCAGGCUAAAUCAAUGAGAGCAGGCAUUCUUAGCUGCAGGACUUGUCAGAGCCUUUAAUAUGCUUUGUGACUGCCCAUGAAGGGCUAAAGUGGGCAGCUUUCUCCAAAUUUGCUUAUUUGAAAAUGGGGACUGUGGGUGCCCUUGGAAAAAGCUGGUCCUUAAGUGUCAUGAGGAGGAGCCCCAGAGCCCCAUCCCUCACCCCUAGCUGUACUCACCCUUUCUGGCUACAAAAGCCACAGUGAAGAUCUCAAACAGCCUUUAAAAAUGACUGGAAGGAAACUUUGGGUUAAAAUAGAUACACACCAUCCCUGAAGAAAGUUCUAGAACUAAGUUACCUGUCCGUGUGCUAUGGGCCAGUGUCCUCCAAGGCUCCUUCUGGCCCCAGGAAGCCAGGUUUUUGCCUGGGGCUGCCCUCAGCACUCCCUGUAAGCCCAACUCACUCUAGCUCAGGUACAGGGACUGCUGGGGACUGUCCAUGCCUUGGGCAGGACACUAAUCCCCAUGUCCAGAUCCUUCUAGGUCUAAGGAACCCCUAGCCCCUCCUCCUGCCCCACCCAACAUGAUGCUACAGCUGUGCUUCUGGGAGACAGAGUCUUUGCCUGAGUCUGAGAAAAAUGGGCUCCUCGUGAGCUUUCAGGAGACAGGGUCAAAGAAAGGCCACAGACACUUAGCUAUCCAGCCCCCAUCACUGUGUCACGCUCCUCAGUCCCAGUGAGGCCACCACAGUCCUGUCAUCAGCAACACCCAGGUCCAGCUAAGAACGAGCUGCCCAGGAUGUGCCUCUGUCUUCAGAAUGUUUUCUUCUGGAUAAGGCUGGGGCAGUGGAAACAAGCAUCUUCAUCCCACCUUGCUCCACCCAGCCCCAGAGCCCCAUUCUUAGUCUGUCCCCUGAGUAAGCCUAGAAGGGAUUAACACAGAUCUUCGGGAAACCAAAGGCUGUGGUUGCUAAUGGUGGCAUUGCAGGCAGGAGGGGGAAGUACUUAGGGACAGAUUGCUGCCCAAAGGCUAACAUAGCCUUACACUGCAUUUGCUCAGCAGGCCUUUAUUUAGCACCUACUGUGUGCAGUGUGGCACCAUGGGCAGGGCUUGGAGUCAGACAAAUCUGACUUGAACUUGAGGCCAGUGGCUCAGCCUCUCAAGCCUUCAAUUGUCUUAUCUGUGAAAUGGAGAUGACACUCCCACCUCACAAGGAGAUGAGACCAUGUAUGUCUGCUUCUGAACAGAACCUGGCAAAAAGCAGGUGCCUAAUAAAUGUUAGUUCCCGAAGAGGUGAAUGGGGUGGGAAAUUGACCCCCAGUGCAUGCCACUACUUCUCCUGGACCCAGGUAAGGUAAGCAUUUAUUAUUGGACCCACAGCAUUAAUUUUUAUGCUGCUGGAGAGGAGGAGGGCAAAGCUGUGAGCCCCAGGAGCAGAUUCCUGGGUGGGGUUAAGGCCCAAAUCUUUGUGUAUACUUCAGUUCUCUAAAAAGGCCAAGAAGCUGAUUUGGGUUACCCUAAGACACCUAUUCUUAAAUAUUCACCCUUCCCCCUUACCUUCCUUCCUCCUCCAUGCCAGGACUCUCCAGCACAAGGCAUAGAAACCCUAUCCUGAGGAAUGGAUUGGCUCACAUACCAGGAAGUCUCGAAGUAAAUUCAGGUGAUCCAGGGGCUCAAAUGAUGUCCCUCUCCAUCUCUCAGCCCUGCCAUCCGCUAUGUUGACUUAAUUCUCAAUCAUGUUCUCUUCUGACAAGAUGGCGCCACCAGCCCCAGAUCAUUACUCCCAGCUCAACAUCCCUAAGACAGAGAGCUCCCCAGUCCCAGUGAUUCCAGCAAAGGCAUGAUUCUCUCCAGCUAGGACUGGUCCUAUGUCCACCGCUGCACUUAUCACUGUGAUUCUGAUUGACCAGAUGUGGGUCGAAUGAUCAUGCUUGGAACCAGGGGGUGUGGUCAGUCCCACCCGAGCCAUGUGGAAGAGCAGUGGGAAACAGGCACUGUUUCAGGAAGCAUCGAUGCUGGGCGGGCAAGAACCGGUGAUCGCUUUUUCUCCACCCAUCUCUCUGACUUCCAUCUUUUUUUUCUCCAUCUCUAACCCUUUCCCAGCCUCCCUGCCCCCAAGGUCUGGCCCCAUGCUCUAGCCCAUCCCCAGGUUGCCCUAGACUAUCAAGGAUACAGCUGCUUUCUGCCCAGGAGAUGUCAGACCCUGGUUCACAGUACUGGAUCUAUCCUAGAACAAUGACUCAUGAUGACUGCAGGCAAGACCAGCCGUAGGGCUGUGAGCAGCACCAGGCCUUGUGGGAUGCAUGACUGGUGUGACUUGGCCCUGGCCAAGUCUCCUGGGGGCCACUGCUCAUAGAAACUGGCUUCUGGGAUACCUGUAUUUGUAGGUUCCUAUACAGAAUCCUUGUCACCUCUCCCUACAUCAGACCAGUGUUCUCUCCAUUUUAAUGAUGAAGAAAUUAGAGCUCAGAGAGGGAAAGAAUUUUAUCUAAGGAAGCACAGCAAAACACCACUUCCAGUGCACUUGCAUCUGGAAGCUGUCUCCCUAGCCCAGAGCUUCUAGAGGCGUCUUGGGAAUAAUAUCCCCUCCACCAAUAUCAAAGGCUGAAGGAAGUUUCUGGAAAGCUCUCCAAGACCUGUCUGUCUUUCCCACUGGCAUCUGAUAGGUCCUGAUAAAACCAGAUAGACAAACAUAUUUUUCCAGAGAUCUCUGCAUGUUCCCAGCAAAAGCAAUUUCCAUGCCAAGGGAGAGAGUUCACUCCAGAGAUGACAGUCAUAGGCAAGGCAGAAGGUGGCCCUUUGCAGGGAGCAGGGGAGCAGCCAGCAAAAGCAUGGAUUGUCUUGGUGGCUGGGGGACUUGACCCUUUUUUCCAGAUUUUCCUUCCUUUCAGUGUGUGUGAGAGAAUUCACCUCCCAUUUAAAGAUGCUACAGAAAGUAGCAUCAUCUUUUGGUGGAGCAGGCCUUCGGAGCAUGGUGUCUGGUCCAGACCAUGUUUAGCAUCAAUGGGUUACCUUCUUGUAUUAGACUAAUGUGGGAAAGUGCAGCUGAUAUUCUCAUUUUCUGAAAGCAGGGAAGUCCAAAGACCUUUCAUGUACAACACAUUCCUGCCCUACCAGAUGAGACCACUCUGAGCCUUCCUUUCCGUGUCUGUACAAUAAGGAGACUGGGAUCUCGUUCACAGGGAAGUUGUGCAAGUUCAAUGUGAUAGUGGACAUCCAAGCCUGACAGUCAUUCAUACGCACAUUCAUUUAUUCAAAUAACAGGUAUGUUUUGAGUAGCAGCCUGGGCCAAGGCAUGGCUGGGCGACAGGAAAGGAGCAGUGAACAAGAUGCACAUCCACAGUCCUGUACUCGUAGAGCUUAACAGGCUAGAGGAAGAGACUGGCCCAAAUCAAUUUUUUUUUAACAAAUUAACAAAUCAAUAUUUUGCAAAUGAGGAAAAUAAACAGGAAGUAGAGAUAAGAGAUUACAGAGGGUCUAACAGGGUGAUUAGGGAAAGCCUCUCAGAAGUGAUGUUUCAAUUGAGGACAAAUAAGGUGUGAAAGGAGCAGCCAGGAGAAGA